AUAAGAUCACGGGUCAAAAUAAGAAAAUUUCAAAUAUCAAUCUCCAAACGCGCUUCUAGAGUAGAAAACAGAAAAAAAAAUGACAGAGCCAGAAAUAAGCAGAAGUAAAAGAGGAGGAAGAUGGUCUCUCAGAGGAAUGACGGCUCUUGUCACCGGCGGCACUCGCGGGAUCGGACACGCCAUAGUGAGUGACUUGGCCGCGUUUGGCGCGGCUGUGCAUACUUGUUCGAGGACCCAAACUGAGCUCGACAAGUGCUUAGAAGAGUGGCAGAGUGAGGGGAUUAAGGUUACUGGAUCUGUUUGUGACGUGUCCUCGCCUCUUCAGAGAAAGAAGCUUAUUCAGGAAGUAGCAUCCAUCUUGAAUGGCAAGCUUAACAUCUAUGUAAACAACGUUGGAACAACCAUUAGAAAGCCAACAAUUGAGUACAGUGCUGAAGAAUACUCACAGCUGAUGACAGUUAAUUUAGACUCCUCAUUCCAUCUGUGCCAACUUGCAUAUCCUCUUCUGAAAAAAUCUGGAAAUGGAAGCAUUGUGUUCAUUUCAUCUGUUGCUGGCGUGGUCAGCUUGGGUACUGGAGCUGUCUAUGCGGCAAGUAAAGCUGCAAUAAAUCAACUUACAAAAAAUCUGGCAUGUGAAUGGGCAAAAGACAACAUAAGGAGCAACUGUGUUGUACCAUGGGCUACUAGAACCCCGCUUGUUGAACAUUUGUUGAAAGAUGAAAAGUUUGUGGAUGAAAUAAUGUCCCGUACACCAAUCAAGCGUAUAGCAGAAGCAGAAGAAGUAUCAUCUUUGGUGACUUUUCUGUGCUUGCCUGCUGCUUCUUACAUCACUGGACAGGUGAUCUGUGUUGAUGGAGGAUUAACAGUGAAUGGAUUUCAACCCAGCAUCAGAAUCACCUGAAAUCAUUACAA